GCAUGACAUUGUUUCUAAAUAUAGAUGCACACAUCCAGUUCCUUAAGCCUGAUCUCAUAACAGUUACCCUCUGAGCCUUUCCCCAGCUCCAUCAUUAUCAACUUCCCUUUUUUCAGACUCAAUCCAAAGAAGUGGAUCAUAAAACUGCUGCGAACUGUCUCGCUCCAAACAAAUUCUUCAGUCGUUAAACAACAGGAAACUACCGUUGCCCUCGAUAAGGUCAUAGAGCAGCUCAGAAAAACGGCCUCCCACGUCUGGCACUCUCGCUCCAGAGUGGCCCUCCCUGCGCUCUCGUGCGCUCGCUCCUCCCUUUGUCAAGUAUCAACAGGCACACUUUAAAAGUCCACACCCCUGCACAGCUCCUCUUGUGCACAUGCUAUAGCAUUUAGAUGAGAUCUGUGAUACUGGGAUUAACUCCACACCUUCUCACUCACCUGUGUUUUUUUCUGGAGGAUUUGAAGAGCCAACAUGGAAAUGAGACCGAGGCUCUGCAGCUGUAAAGGUUGUAGCUGUUUGGUGUGGCUAUGAACUCAGACUAUGUCUUUUGUUUGUGAAAUAAAAAAGGAGUGGCUGUUUAGUUGUUUCUCAACAUUUGGAACAUCUGAGAAGGUGCCUUCUCUGUGACGGUAGAGCUUCGCACAGCGAUGGACUUGACUUUGUGGCAGUACCAGUUCAGGAUCAUCAUGCUGGGGGACUCGACGGUGGGCAAGUCGUCCCUGCUGAAGCGCUACACUGAGGACUUGUUCCUGGAGUCCAUCAACCAGACGGUGGGCGUAGAUUUCUACGUUCACUUCCUGGAGGUGGAACCGGGGGUCCGCGUCAAGCUGCAAUUCUGGGACACGGCCGGGCAGGAGAGGUUCAGAUCAGUGACCCGUUCUUAUUACCGCAACUCGGUUGGAGGCCUGCUGGUGUUUGACAUCACCAGCCGAGCCUCCUUUGACCAUGUAAAGGAGUGGCACGCGGAGGUGCAUGAGCGAGUGCAGCCACACACGGUUCUGUUCGUCCUGGUGGGUCAAAAGAUCGACCAACACGCUCACGGGAAGAGGGCGGUGAGCCGAGAAGAAGCAGAGAAACUGGCGGGGCAGCUGGGGAUGCCCUACGUGGAGGCCUCUGCAAAGACUGGACAAAAUGUGAGGGAGGCCUUCGAGCUCCUGACUCGACGGAUCUACCAGGGUCUGCUGAGUGGAGAAGUGAAGCUGCUGGAGGGCUGGGAUGGUGUCAAGUGCGCUGCGCCGCAGGCGCUUCAGUUACAAAGAGCCAGCAUGUCUCAACCUAGCUCAACGCCCAAGAAUGACAAAAAGUGCUGUGGGUGAAUAAUUAACUCGUGACGGCUAGACAUAUGAACUCACGCUGCUGUGGAACGACUGCUUUUCUAUGGGGCGCUGGUUGUCAAGUUAUACAUAAAGAAAAUUAAAAACUAGCACAUUUUGCUUUAAAUUAUAAUGUAAAAACAAAAUAUUUAGAAUAAAAAAAAAAAAUAUAUAUAUAUAUAUAAAGUUACAUUUAAUUAUAUAGAAUCAAAUAAAAAAGGUUUAAGUUUAAAUAUUAUAAAUUAAACUAAAUGUAUAUUAUUUAAUUUUAAAAAGUUAAUGUUUUGAAUCAAAUCUAAAUAUUUAAAAUUAUAUCUCAGUGUUAAUUUCUAAAUAUAACAUUUUAAGCUGAAUAUUUAGCUAACAUGCAAAUUUUUAUUAUCGUAAAAUGGAAGUAGCCUUUCAAAAUAAGAAGAAAGAAAUUCCCGAUCCAAUUGUCUCAGAGUCUAUUUAAGUUCAGAAUGAGAGUGUUUGUGUAACCAUACUUCAUUAUCAGUGUCGGGGGGAGUUUAAAGGAUUAAUAAGAAUAAAAAGUUCCCUUUGCUUUUAUUUUGAUAGGCUUCCUCUGUUUUACUGAACUCUGAAUUUCAGUGUCACCUAAAUAUUUUGUUUUAAACCAUAAUUAAAAUUAGGAUUUCAAUAUUAGAUGUAACUUUAUACAUUUAGCUUUAAUUCAACACAUUGAGAUAGAAAUAUAUGAAUAUAUAUUGAAAUUUGAUUUUAAUUUUUUCUCAAUACUGAGUAACACUUUACAAUAAGGGUCCCUGUAAUAAUGUUACCAGUAUUGUUAACUAAGAAACAAGACUUUAAAUAAGACUUUAUUAGGUAGUUUAUUAAUGCCUAAUGUUGCAUUAAGUAACAUUAAUAAAGGUACCCUUACUGUAAAGUGUUACUCAGUAUUUUGACUUUUUUCAGCACUUUAAUUACUUAAAUAAAAGUGAUGAAAAUAAAAGUUCACACCAGAUUUUUACUGAGCUAAAUGUGGCAACAAGUGAUUUAUUUUUUAACUUAUUACUUUGUGAUCAACCUCUGAGGUUUCUGUUUUUCAUUUGUUAGCCGCUUAGCUAGCUGAGCAAGGACACAUGGGAGGUGUCUUGUAGCCUGGCUUUGGUCCAAAAAUUCCCAGAAUACAGCACGGUAUUUUCAAAAGGAUUGGGUAUCAGGAGUCAGCAGCUACUUCAAGGGCAAAUUUCCAGUUUAACUGUAAGUCAACUAACUGUAGCUAUCGAGCUGAUACCUCAAAUGUUUUUUUUAGAUCCAAAGCAGUUAGCUAUGGUUGGUUAGUUGCUCAGUAGUUGCAGCUUCGGUGGCUAGCAGGUACUAACCCGCUUGCACAUUUAAUUUAACCAAUAUAUACACAAUUAAAAAAGUAAAAGGCUCAUUAUACAGUUAGAUUGACACUUACAUGUAUAAAAUAUAACUUUACAUGUCCCGUGACGUGACCACCAUGUUCACGUGAUGCGAGUCUGUUCCAUUUAACCAUUUUCUUUGAGAAUGUGUUGACAGUGUCCUUGUAAGCAAGGUGCCUGGGUGUUACUCAAUGUCAAGACGCCUGGUCUCGCGAGGCGAUAUCUUGCGAGGCCAGGCGCCUUGCUUACGAGGACACUGUCCUUCCUUGGUCAAAGAAAAUGGUUAAAUAGAACAGACUUGCAUCACGUGACCGUGGCUUCCACGGCGGUCACGUAACAUCACGUGACACGGGAGAUAACGUUAUAUUUUAUACAUAUUAGUUUCAAUAUAAAUAUAUAAUGAGCCUUUUACUUUUUAAAUUGCAUUUAUAUUUGUUAAAUUAAUAUAUAAGUGAGUUACUACGCGCUAGCCACCGAAGCUGCAACUACUAAACAACUAACCAACCAUAGAUAACUUCUUUGGAUCUAAAAAAAACCCCAAAACAUUUUAAAUUAGUUGACUUACUUUUAAACUUGAAAUUUGCCCCCAAAGUAUCUGCCGGCUUCUGAUUCACCAUCCUUUUGCAAAUACCGUGGUGUGUUCUGGGUAAUUUUUGACCAAGUCUAGGCUACAAGACACCUCCUGUGUAUACUUGCUCAGCUAGCUAAACAGCUAACAAAUGGAGAACACGCCUGGGUAGAACAUGAACAUUGGAACACUUCUUGGCGGCCCCUGAUGACGUAUCUCCUAGGCAACUGGGGCGGGGCCAAGACAUCAAGGUGAGGUUUCUUGACAUUGAGAAACAUCCCUGGUGUCUCCAGCAUGUCCUGGGUCUUCCUUUAUUGUCUCCUUCCGGUUGGGCAGUAGUAGCUCAACAGGUUGAGCGGGUUGUCCAGUAAUCGGAAGGUCCGGCUCCGGACAGAGAAUUCUGCUGUUGUGUCCUUGGACAAGACUCUUAACCCACCUUGCCUGCUGGUGGUGGUCGAGGGAUCGGUGGCGCCUGUGUUCGGCGGCCUCGCCUCUGUCAGUGCGCCCCAGUGCAGCUGUAGCUACAUUGUAGCUCAUCACCAUCAGUGUGUGAAUGUGUGUGUGGAGGAAUGAUACACUGUAGUCUAAAGCGCUUUGGAGUCCUUACUCUGAGAGGCGCUACACAAGUGCGGGUCAUUUAUCAUUUUUCAUUUGGAUGUGCCCGGAAAACCUCAACAGAGAGGCAUCCAGGAGGCAUCCUGAGCAGGUGCCCGAGUCACCUGAACUGGAUCCUCUCAAUGCGGAGGCGUAGCGGAUCUACUCCAAACCCCUCUUGAGUGACUGAGCUCCACACCUUAUCUCUAAGGGACAGCCCUGACACCCUGUGGAGAAAACUUAUUUCACCCACUUGUACCUAUCAUCUCGUUCUUUCGGUCCCUACCCAAAGCUCGUGACCAUAGAUGAGGAUAGGAACGUAGAUCGACUGGUGAAUCAAGAGCCUCACCUUUAAGCUCAGCGCUCUCUUCACCACGACAGACCGGUACGACUGCAGAUGCAGCACCAAUCCACCUGUCGAUCUCUCUUCAUCUUUUCCUCACUCGUGAACAAGACCCCAAGAUACUUCCACUCCUCCACUUGGGACCUCGUUGUUAAAAGAAAGCUUUGCCAAGCGUCAACCUAAGCGAACGCAAAAACUACACUAUUUGCUAAAAUUGUGUGUGUGACCACGUUACUUGAAUGUGUGUAUGCGUUUUAUGCUUCAGCCUAUCAUGCUAAUGGACUGAUGAGGUCAUUGCUUACCUCAGAGGAAGCAGAUUGUAAAAGUGACGUCUAGUGGGAUUUUUAUUAUCUUUUUUCAUUAAUCAGUGUUUUAGAUGUAAAAAAUCCAAUACACAAUUUAGUGCUAAGGGAUGACAUCACAUCCUCUCUAUCAUUGAGGUUUUUUUAUCUCGUGACCUGUAGGCGACUGUGGAGAAAUGAUUUGCAAGAGUACACAAAAUAAUCUUUGGGCACCAUUUUACAAUAAAGAUCCUUUUAUUAACAUUCCUGAUAUUAACUAUUAAGUGUCCUUAAGGUUAGGACAAAGGGCUAGAGGUCUGUAAUGCACUACUUAAAUAACAUUAUUAAGCAUUUGUUAAUACUUCAGUUUAUUAAUGCCUCAUCAUGCACUAAGUAACAUUAAUAAAAGGGGAUCAUUUAGUGAAACACUUGGUAUUAUUUUUUCAAAUAAACUAAAUGAACGUCUUUUGUCCGUGUCCAGAAUUGGGUUUUAAUUUUUGAAUUUAAUUUAGGAACUGCAAACAGAACAAGAAUCAGUGCUGAAGAAACAAAUGAGUUAUUUGUUUCCGUUUUGGUCUGUAAGUGGCAGCAGCGACGGUACGAAAGGUCCGUUUUGAUUAGAAGCCUUCCCUAAUGUGAUCCAGUCUUGGGCCAGUAGUUACAAAUAAAAUGCUUUGCUGUAACAAUAACUGCACAUCACUCUACAAGUGACUGACUUGUUUUCAUGCACUGCUCCUGCAGCCAUUGUGAUCCCUCUAAUAAACCCUUCAUCCACCAAAAGAAAACAA